GGCGUGGUUUCAGAUGAACUCUUUCGAAACUAAAAACGCAGAAGUCAAAAUAAUGUGCCAAGUGGCUUAGUGCGCAGCGGACACGCACCGAGAAACCAGUUCACGCGUCAUUACUGGUCGUUUUAAUAUAUUAUAUUGAUUUCCGCUAAAGAGCAACGCCGUAUUUCUUUACCGAAGAUGCCUGUACAUCUAACCCAACUGCUGAACGAGGCUUUAAAAUGAUGAAUCUGAAGAAGGCGUUUUAAAUUAUCGUAUUAUUUUCUGUAUUUGUACGGACAUUAUUAUACAUAUAUAUAUUUUUUUAAUUAAACUUGUUAUAAUAUAUUUUCUGAUCAGACCUUUAGCGUGUCGUUUUGUAUAAAAUAACUUUUUUAAAUGAUUAUUAUUAUUAUUAUUAUUAUUAUUAUUAUUAUUAUUAUUAUUAUUAUUAUUAUUAUUAUUAUUAUUAUUAUUAUUCUUGGAAUAUCUAAGAUGCGGCAGUAAUUUGAUCGAUUCCACUUUAAUCGAUAGUUAUUCAUACUUGUAACUAAAAAAAACUUUAUUAAACUAAACACACACACACACAAUGCGCGCUGCUCUGUCGCGCACACUGUGGCACGUGAAUUGCACUUGAAGUAAAAAAUAAUAAUUAGUCCUACAUGAUUAAUAAAAUUUAUAAUUAUAGUUUAUUAUUAUUAAAAAUAAUAAUAAUAAUAUUUUCAACAAUAUACAACUGAGGGACACACUUUUAAAACAAGUAUUCUCAACAAAAUAACGUGAAUUAAAAUGAUACCCUAUCCUAAUAAUAAGGAAUAUAUAAAAAUAAUUUUUAUUCAAGGAUUUAACAGGCUGUUGAACUGUUUGCUGAUAUUAUAAAGAAAUGUGGGGGAAAUAAUCACAGAGGCCUGCUCAGGUAAAGAUUGUGAAAGUCUGACUCAAUUCUCGGUGAUUUAUCUUAAAGAACUGAAAAAAAUAUAGAUGUGAAUUGAUAUCUAUAACGAAAAUGAUGUAUAACGGUAAAGGGUAGGCUAAUAAUAUAUAAUAUUUCAUAUAAUAUAAUCAUAUAAUAAAUAUAUUAAUAUAGAUUUAAAUGUCGUUGGGGUAUAACGGUAAAGGGUAGGCUAAUAAUAUAUAAUAUUUCAUAUAAUAUAAUCAUAUAAUAUAUAUAUUUAAUAUAUAUAUUUAUAUUUUUGUGUGAAAGAAGCGUUAUUUUGUACAGGAUGUUACUGGGGAAGGUUUUACUCGCUCUCUCCGGAGCUACCCUCGCCUGUUUCCUCCUCCUUUUUGUGGAUUUACAACGCCGGACUCGACUGGAAAUUAAGGGGGUGACUAUGAACGCGGGGCGCCCCGGAGCGCCGAGCGGGUCCAGAUUGGAUCCCCAGCCGAGUUCAGAGCGUCCCAAGCCGGGGAGCUCCGUGGCACAGCCGCCGCUGGACGGCGCCGAACUCCGGCUGCCCUCCAUCAGAACUUUAAACCGUAACCCGGGCGACGUGGAGCGGGACGUCACCGGCAAAACGAGCCGGUUCUUCACUGCUGUGGGAGCGAAGCCGGUAAUUAUAAGAGACCCCGUCCCGUCGCUUCAGCUGAAAGACAUUUUCAUCGCCGUGAAAACGACGCGAAAGUUUCACAGAGCGCGGCUGUCGUUGCUGUUGGAUACGUGGGUUUCAAGGACACGUGAUCACACCUACAUCUUUACUGAUGAGGAGGAUGAAGAAUUGACCUCCAGAGGUUUUCAUCUCAUCGUCACAAACUGCUCCUCUGAGCACAGCCACCAAGCCCUGUCCUGCAAAAUGGCUUCGGAGUACGAGGCGUUCAUCGCGUCCGAGAAAAAGUGGUUCUGUCACGUGGAUGAUGAUAACUAUGUGCUCCCUCACUCCCUCCUCUCUCUCCUCGCUGCCUUCCCCCUGGAUGGAGACGUCUACGUGGGCAAACCCAGCCUGAACCGACCCAUCGAGGCAGCCGAGCCGCUGCCCAACAACCAGACACGCUCGGUGUUCUUCUGGUUUGCCACCGGGGGCGCCGGAUUCUGUUUGAGUCGCAGGCUGGCAGAGAAGAUGGAACCAUGGGCAAGUGGGGGUCGGUUCAGCCUCACCUCGGAUCUCAUUCGCUUGCCCGAUGACUGCACAGUGGGGUACAUCGUGGAGCGUCGUCUCGGGGUCCCCCUGCUGCGCAGCCAGCUCUUCCACUCCCACCUGGAGAACCUGCAGCUCAUCGCGCCCCAGAACCUGAGGAGACAGGUCACGCUGAGUUACGGCACGUUCGAGAACAAACUCAACAGCAUAGAACUCAAAGGAGUCUUCACAAAACAGAACGACCCGUCCAGGUUUAAGACUCUCCACUGCCUGCUCUACCCAGACACCCGCUGGUGCCCCCAGCAGUACGCCCUUUGACCUUUCAACUUGACCGCGGUCACGUUAACUAUCGUCAAGCGCAGGAAAAAACAAAAUGCUCUUUUAAUAAAAGUCUAUCGGCCCAAACGGCGUUGGCUUAUCUUGACCAAUCAGAAGCUCUUAAAUGCUCGGGCAGCCAAUGAGAAACAAAAGGACUGAACCUCUCUCUCAGCCAAUCAGAUUCUCGGAUUAGUUUAUCAGUUACGACCAAGAAUAUAUUGUAUUUAAUUUUUUUUUUGCUAUCUUGUGCCAACUCUGAGUUUACCUGAACAACUGUGUUGUUUUUAUUAAUAAAGAUUUUUAAAUGGAAA